GGGCAGGCUGGGAAGCGGCGCCAUAUUGGCGUCGGCCGCGCUGUAUUGUCAUAAAUAGAGCCGGUUUUGUGGUGUUUUCACUACUCAGUUGGAUGCCUCGGCCGUAGUGAGUGAGAGGGUGAGCGAGCAGGCGAGCUGCAAGGACCGGAGGAAAGUGGACAGGAGGGAGAAGGGAAGAGCAAGAACAGGACUCCAGAGCGAAAGACACUCGCUGGGGAGGGAGACGCGACGCAGGAAGCGAUGAAAGAGAUGUCUGCAAACACCAUGCUGGACAGCCAGCGUCAACAGAAGCAUUAUGGAAUCACUUCUCCAAUUAGCUUGGCAUGUCCUAAAGAAAUUGAUCAUAUUUACACACAGAAAUUAAUUGAUGCCAUGAAACCAUUUGGAGUGUUUGAAGAUGAGGAAGAAUUGAACCACAGGCUGGUUGUUCUUGGUAAAUUGAACAAUUUAGUGAAAGAAUGGAUUUCCGAUGUCAGUGAGAGUAAGAAUCUCCCACCUUCUGUUGUUGCUACUGUUGGUGGUAAAAUUUUCACGUUCGGCUCCUAUAGGCUUGGAGUACACACGAAAGGAGCUGACAUUGAUGCACUUUGUGUAGCUCCAAGACAUGUGGAGAGAUCUGAUUUUUUUCAGUCUUUUUUUGAAAAAUUGAAACAUCAAGAUGGCAUUAGAAAUUUAAGAGCUGUAGAAGAUGCUUUUGUACCUGUUAUAAAAUUUGAAUUUGAUGGAAUUGAAAUUGAUCUAGUCUUUGCAAGACUGGCAAUACAAACCAUAUCAGAUAAUUUAGAUCUAAGAGAUGACUCGCGACUGAGAAGCCUUGAUAUAAGGUGUAUUCGCAGCCUAAAUGGAUGUAGAGUUACUGAUGAAAUAUUGCAUUUAGUGCCAAAUAAAGAAACUUUUAGACUCACCCUAAGAGCAGUCAAAUUAUGGGCAAAACGACGUGGUAUCUAUUCCAACAUGCUGGGAUUCCUUGGUGGUGUCUCCUGGGCAAUGCUAGUUGCAAGAACUUGCCAACUAUAUCCAAAUGCAGCAGCUUCUACUUUAGUUCAUAAGUUCUUUUUAGUUUUUUCCAAGUGGGAAUGGCCAAAUCCUGUGCUGCUGAAGCAACCAGAAGAAAGCAAUUUGAAUUUGCCUGUUUGGGAUCCUCGGGUAAAUCCAUCAGAUAGGUAUCAUCUCAUGCCCAUAAUCACCCCUGCCUACCCACAACAGAAUUCUACGUAUAAUGUGUCCACAUCAACUCGAACAGUAAUGGUAGAAGAAUUUAAACAAGGUCUUGCAGUCACAGAUGAAAUUCUUCAAGGGAAAUCAGAUUGGUCCAAACUACUUGAGCCACCAAAUUUUUUUCAAAAGUACAGACAUUAUAUAGUAUUAACUGCCAGUGCAUCAACAGAAGAAAACCAUCUGGAGUGGGUUGGAUUAGUAGAAUCUAAAAUCCGUGUACUUGUUGGAAACUUGGAACGGAAUGAAUUUAUUACUCUUGCCCAUGUAAAUCCUCAGUCAUUCCCAGGAAAUAAGGAACAUCAUAAAGACAACAAUUACGUAUCAAUGUGGUUCCUUGGAAUAAUUUUUCGGAGAGUAGAAAAUGCAGAAAGUGUUAACAUAGACUUGACAUAUGAUAUACAGUCAUUUACUGAUACAGUGUACAGACAGGCAAACAAUAUAAACAUGCUAAAGGAAGGAAUGAAAAUUGAAGCAACUCAUGUUAAAAAAAAACAACUUCAUCACUACCUUCCAGCAGAGAUUCUUCAAAAGAAGAAAAAGCAAAGUCUUUCUGAUGUCAGUCGAAGUUCGAGUGGACCUCAAUCCAAAAGAUCGUCUCUGGAUAGCAGUUGUUUGGAUAGCUCCAGAGACACCGAUAAUGGAACACCUUAUAAUUCUCCAGUGUCUACAAACAAACCUUCCAAGCCUGAUAUUCCUCCUUCAGGAGAAACAGACAGGAAUAAUGCUGAGCCUGCUGCCGUAAUUGUGGAAAAGCCACUGAGUAUCCCGCCAGCUCAAGGACUGUCUAUUCCAGUCAUUGGUGCAAAAGUUGACUCUCCAGUAAAAGCUGUAUCACCCCCAGCUGUGUGCACAAUUCCUACUGUAGUAGGACGAAAUGUCAUUCCUAGAAUCACAACACCCCACAACCCUGCCCAGGGACAACCACAUCUAAAUGGAAUGUCAAAUAAUAUAGCUAAGAAUGUUACACCCAAGAGAUCCCAUUCCCCAUCCAUAGAUGGGUCUUCCAAGAGGUUGAAAGACAUAGAAAAGUUUAUUCGACUUGAGUCAACAUUUAAGGAAUCGCGUGCUGCUGAAGACAGAAAAAGAAAAUCAAUGGAUACCAUUGGAGGAGAAUGUAUGCCUAUUCCAACUAUUGAUACAUCACGCAAAAAGAGACUACCCAGUAAAGAACUACCAGAUUCAUCAUCUCCAAUUCCAGCAAAUAACAUCCGUGUCAUCAAAAAUUCCAUUCGACUGACCCUUAAUCGGUAAAAGCAGUGCCUCCUUACUUAAGUGAAUAUGCAAUCAUUUAGUGGCAUAGAUGCAGCCACUCUUUUUAAAAUAGAAGUGGCUGCCAUACAUAAAAUAAGGUGAAAGUUACAGUCAUCAGCCUAACGACCUUGAAGUGGUUUUUGAACUCUCACACUUUGACCUGCAGAUGCUGUAGCAUUCUCUCACUGAUUGCUACAUACACCUCUCUGAGGAUCACCUGCUAUCAAAUUGUCAUCUACAAUAGUAUGGCUUUGCGUUGGAGGUUUUACUGCCUUAACUUUCGAUGCUUGUUUCUCUGUUAUGGGAACCAGUUCUUGGCUCUUCGGACACUUGAUAAAACAAGUCCUGAACUCCUUUUUUUUUUUUUUUUUUUUUUUUUUUUUUAAGUCUUACGUUGUAAUCAUUGUAUAGAACUGAAAAAGUUGAAAACAAAAAAAAAAUUGUCUUGUAAUUUUCCAAAUGUUAACACAUUUACUUUAGCAUUGAAGCCACUUUGUGAAACCUGAGAUAAAUGAAUGUGAGGUAUCUUUUUGCCUUUCUUCAUUUGUGUAGAUGUACUUAUUGUCUGUUCUGUUGAUUUAAAUUAUUUUUCUCCAGAUCGGCACAUGGAAUAUUUAAUUUUUUAUUUUUUUGUGCCUUUCUGUCCAAAUGUUGCAUAGUUACCAGGGAGGAUUAGUCCAGUGAUUACAUAAGAGUUGGGCACCAUAAAUUCUCUAUAUUUUGCCUCCUGUGGAGGCCUUCAAAGUGCAUCUUUAUUAAGAAUCAAAAUAUAACCAGGAUACUGAAAGUCAGUAUAUGAAUGGUGAAAUUGUUACAUAUCCUAUCUCAUGCCAUACUUGUUAGUUGACUGGUAUUUUUUACCGAGGAGCAACUCAUUCCGGCAUCAACAAUAAGAUACCUUUAAGUAUGGCAAACUUGUAAUUCUGAGGUGUAAAAUUAACUUGGCAUGAUAAUUCCUGAUCGUUACCCCACAACUUCAAACAGUUUCUUCAUGGACUAGGCAUGCAGAAAUAAGUAGUGGAUUUUAUUGAAACCUAAAGGCAUUUUUGAAUGACAUUGUUACCAACCAUUAAUUGGCUCAGGACCUUUGUAAUUUUUAUUUAACUACAUAAGUUGUCUUUUUUUACACUGCUUUUUUCAAUGCAUUUCUUAAUAUUUUUUAAGUUUCAUGAAUGCAUGCUCAGUUUAUUAAAAUCCAUAACCAUGUAAUUCUUGUAAUAUGUUGAUUCAGUGUUUUGUAAAUGAAGUCGUAUGUAUUUUCAGAGUAUUUUUGUAUGUACUGUAAGAUACCAUCUUUUCAAAGAGAAAACUUUAAAACCUUU